AUGUCUGGCGAAAAACGUGCAGCGGCAGAGUCGUUUGGCAGCAGCCAAUUAGUUAAGAGACAGAGAUCAGGCGCAGAACUCAAUGGCAAUGCUCUCACAAAGUCAAACGGCGGUGCGCUCAUACAAGGGGGACAUGGAGCUGCAGGCUUGCCGGCAUCCGUCAUGGAGCUCAGCGGUCAUUCGGGGGAGGUCUACACCGCUCGCUUCAACCCUACUGGCGUACAUGUCGCAUCCGCUGGCAUGGACCGCAACAUCCUUCUCUGGAACACGACUGGCGAGUGCGCCAACUAUGGCAUGAUGACGGGACACAAAAGUGCGAUUCUUGAUCUGCAGUGGUCAAGAGAUAGUCAGGUUGUCUACACAGCAAGCGCAGACAAGCAUGUUGCGAGCUGGCAAGUAGAGACUGGCGAGAGGAUACGGAGGCAUGUCGGUCAUGAGGAGAUUAUCAAUUGUCUGGAUGUCAGCAAACGCGGCGAGGAAUUUCUGGUAAGUGGGAGUGAUGACGGUUCCAUCUCGAUUUGGGACCCCAGGUCCAAAGCCGCCAUCGACUACAUCGAAACAUCCUUCCCUGUCACCGCCGUCUGCUUGGCUGAGGCGGGCAAUGAGCUGUUCAGCGGGAGCAUUGACAACGAGAUCAAGGCUUGGGACUUGCGUAUGAAGAAAGUGUCCUACUCGCUCACAGGACACACCGACACCAUCACCUCGCUAGCCAUCUCGCCGGAUUCGCAGUCACUCCUCUCCAAUUCGCAUGACUCUACUGUACGCACCUGGGAUAUUCGACCUUUUGCGCCAACAGACCGGGCGAUCAAGGUGUUUGAUGGAGCGCAAGUCGGGUUGGAAAAGAACCUCAUCCGCGCUUCCUUUGAUGCCGAGGGAGCGCGCAUUGCAGCCGGAGGAGGGGAUGGCUCAGCCACAAUUUGGGAAACCAAGAGCGGCAAGAUGCUGCAUAAGUUACCUGGACACAAGGGAACGGUCAACGAUGUGCGGAUCUCGCCAGAUGGCUCUAUGGUGCUAUCCGCAAGCACAGACAGAACUCUUCUUCUGGGGGAAUUGCCUUGA